GCGUGUCGGAGCGGAGCGCGUGCGUGAGACAGCAGAGCGCGGAGGGGAAAUUAUCUGGUUCUAUCGCUGCUUUUUAUUGGAUAUCGAUCACCUGCCGCUCGCCAUGGCCGUGACGGAAGCCGGGUGCGACCUGACGUACUGCAAGAUGCGGGGCAUCGUGGCGGUUCUCACCGCUUUCAUCAAAGAGAGGAAGAUGGGGCUGAACGACUUCAUCCAGAAGCUGGUGUCGACUCCUCAUAUCUGCCAACACGCCGAGGUCAACAACUUCCUGAAGAUCGACCAGAACCAGAACGAGGAGGCCGAGGCUGACGACCUGCCCGGGAGUCCGAUGUGCCUGAACUCCAGGAGCUCCCUGGGAGAAGACUCUCAGAUCAAACCCUGCGACUUCGACUACCUGAAAAUCAUCGGGAAGGGCAGCUUUGGGAAGGUCCUGCUGGCUCGGCACAAAGAGUCCACCCAGUACUACGCCGUCAAGGUGCUGCAGAAGAAGAUCAUCCUGAAGAAGAAGGAGCAAAAGCACAUCAUGGCGGAGCGCAGCGUGCUGAUGAAGAACAUCAAGCACCCCUUCCUGGUGGGGCUGCACUACUCCUUCCAGACCACCGACAAGCUCUACUUCGUGCUGGACUACGUGAACGGCGGCGAGCUCUUCUACCACCUGCAGAGGGAGCGGGUCUUCCUGGAGCCGCGGGCGCGCUUCUACGCCGCCGAGAUCGCCAGCGCGCUGGGAUACCUGCACUCCCUGCACAUCGUCUACAGGGACCUGAAGCCGGAGAACAUCCUGCUGGACUCGCAGGGCCACAUCGUGCUGACGGACUUCGGCCUGUGCAAAGAGGGGCUGGAGCCCAACGGGACCACGUCCACGUUCUGCGGCACGCCGGAGUACCUGGCGCCCGAGGUGCUGCAGAAGCAGGCGUACGACCGGACGGUGGACUGGUGGUGUCUGGGCUCCGUGCUGUACGAGAUGCUCUACGGCCUGCCGCCGUUCUACAGCCGCAACACGGCGGAGAUGUACAGCAACAUCCUGCACAAGGCGCCGGUGCUGAAGCCCAACGUGUCCAACGCCGGCCGCGAGCUGCUGGAGGGGCUGCUGCAGAAGGAGCGCGGCGCCCGGCUGGGCGCCAAGGACGACUUCCUGGAGCUCAAGUACCACUCCUUCUUCUCCCCCAUCAACUGGGACGACCUGAUGUCCAAGAAGAUCACCCCCCCCUUCGUCCCCUCCGUGAGCGGCCCCACCGACCUGCGGCACUUUGACCCUGAGUUCACCCACCUGCCCGUCUCGUCCUCGCUGUGCUCCGACGCGCCGCACGUCACCAGCAGCGUGAAGGAGGCGGCCGGCGCCUUCCCGGGCUUCUCCUACGGCCCCCCCGCCGACCACUGCUUCAUGUGAACCCCCUCUGACCCCUCCCCCGGCCUCCGACCCCUGUGAUGCAGGUCCACUGCAUUCGUUCAUGACCCAGCUCAUCCUGACGCAGCAGGAAUCUUUUACUUGGGCAAACCUGUGUCUCAGUGCUUCCUUUAACGGUAAAGGAAACGAGCUUUAAUCCGUCACACUGAAACUUACCGCAUCAGAACUUCAGAGUAAUCCAGGAAAUCCUGUUUGUUUUAGUCUCAAGGCCACAGCUAUCCCAGAAGCUCUCAGUUUGAGAGACAGAACCAACGGUGAAGCGGUUGCUGGUUUGACGCCGCGUCGACUUCGCUCACACACAAACCACUGGAGGGGAGGAACAACGGCAGUGCAAUACAUCUGUUUCCUCUGGAUUCCUGGGGGGGGGGGGGUCUGGUCAGAGCGAGAUUACGACUGAACAAUACUGAGCCUGAAGAAAACUUUGUAUUCACACACUUGCAGCUUCGACCGUUACGAAUGUGUAUUUCUGUGUCGUUUUGUUUGUUUUUGUGUGACUGUGCAUAUUUAUAUUGUGCCUUUAACCAUCACCUGUAUCCAUCCUCUCAAAGGGAAGCCUGCCUUUCUGUUGUUUGAUAUGCGUAUCGUUGAACUGUUAUAUUAUCCAAAGUGUUUUUUUGGUUUUUCAAAUUCAAUAAGUUUAAAGCUUUCCUUUAACAAGUUUUGUUUUUUUUGUUUUGUUUUUGUUUUCGAUCUGACGGUUCUGUCUGCACUGCAAUCAAACUGGUCUCAUCCAGACUGUCAGAAGUGUUUGGAGCAGCAGGAAGAAGGACAGAGUCCGAACACAACUCGCCGGAGACACAAACCGCAGAAAAUGAGUUUCACUGAAGACUGAGCCGAGUCGCUGCGUUUCGUACAUCGUACGAAGAUUGCCGGGGUUUUAACAGCGACUCCUGCUGGAGUUUGAGUUGUUGGAGCAACGCUCAGUGUUGGCAGAUUCAAGCAACGACCGCCACAGCUGCCACAACUGCGUUCUGUUGGAUCCUUCCUCGGUUCAGCGGUCGUCAAAAGACAGAAAAGCUGCAGGAAACCAGACUGAUGUGCUGAAGAUUAUUUCUUAUUUCUGAGGAGGUUUGAAACGUCUGCAACAAUACCAAAAACCAUUUAAAGAAAGAAGUUUGUUUUUGUUGAGAGAAAUUUUUGACAUUUCUGUGUAGAAGUAUCUGGAAAGUCCUUCACAAGUCCCGCUCGCUUUCUGUCGCAGUUGGCUGUUGAGGCAACGCCGCUAACACUCACUGGGUGGCAGCAGUGAGUCGGUUCCGAACCGGCUAGCUGCAGCCUGGUCCGUCCUGUAAUUCCACUUCCCGCCACAGGAUGGUGCAGUGAGUCCCUGUUCCUGCGGUCAGCAGCGUGUGAGGUGAGGAAAUCCUCCUUUCUCAGAACGUAGUUCUGUUCUGGAUGCUUGUCCAACAUCUCAACACAUUGAGAGUUUUAGACUCACCGCACCAUCUGGUGGUACCGACUGGUAUUACACCCCCGUCUAACUGCUCAGCAGAGUUUCUCCUAAAAUGCUUCACUGACUGAAAAUGAGAGAAACUGCACCCUUUUCAAAACGAUUGUCGGCUUUUUGAAAAGCGGAGUCUGUUUUGAAUGUGUUGCAGUGAAACGCUUCACUUUGCUUCGAGACAAUCACCAAGGCUUUGCUUUUCCUCGAAGGCCGCCUGAAUUCUGGAAAGCUCUCCAUCCCGUCGGUCGGCUCGUUGAAUGUUUGUUUUUCUUCUUGACUUUGUCUUGCAUGCGGUGUCAGAUUUGAAGUGUAGCGCGUGGUCGCGGGAAAAAUGAAGACCAUGCAGAUGUUCAGGGGACUGGAAUCUUCACCUGUUCUCUACCUGGUUCAAUUCUUUCUAAUGCCAAAUGCUGUUCUUUAGGUUUUUCCAAUGCGAUUCAUCUCUGAUUUUUUUUUUUUUGGGGUUGACUUGACCCAGUGUUGAUUCAGUGGCUGUUUGUACCCCCACAGGCGGUUCUCCUGUGUACUCCAGACUCUCAAUACAGUGUAAAUACAUUUUAAGACA